AUGGCAGGCUCAUCCUCGAUGGUCGUAGACGAAGCAAUUCGUGUCGUGGUCACCCCCUCUCAAGCCUCGUAUUUCGCCGGGGAGCCGUUCUCGGUUACCAUCACCUUCACUAACACCCGCACACCCGAAGCACCACCCGCUGCACCUCGUUCAUCUUCACAGAUUCAUAGACGUGGCGCCCACUCUAUCAGCUCGGUACCUCUUUCUCGACCUCCCACCUCUCCUGAUUUCUCUGAAGGUCGCAAUAGCGCUGCACGCAAAGGUCUCAUCGGACAUGGCCUUCCUGCAAAGGUCUUGGAUGGUCCUCCAUCUGCAGACGUACUCAGGAAGCGGCUGCUGGCGUCCAGGUCAUUGUCAGUCUCUCUCCCAGCCAGUGACCUAUCUCUGCCGGGUUCCAGCCACACCAACUCACCCACCUCUCCUGCAAACCAAGCUCCGUCUCCAUUGAACGGCACUUCACCUCUCUCUGGACAAGCUUCUCAGCGUAUAGCGGCGCCGCUCGCCAGGACACCAACCCUGCCUCCCAAUCAUCCUCACGCCCGCAAGAACUCCGUUUUGGAUGGCCAAUUGCAACUGCAAGAUCUCCGACCACCCCCAUCCAUGUCGCCUUUCUCGCCCACUCCCAAUCCAUCCGUGUCUGCAUUCUCUCUUUCCCUGGACCCAAUCGAGGAGGCGAGUUCCACCUCUCCUGGUACCCCGAACACACCCUACAUCCCCUCACCUGUCGGCAACCAUGACAUGGCCAACGUGCGAACACAUAUAGCCUCUGGCCCGUCAGACUCAGUCACGAAACAGUCGAACGGGUACGCAUACCCUCCUCGUGAUCCGCCACACAGACCGUCCCAGCUUGGCCUUGGACGUGGUCCUCCUCCAUCUCCAUCCACUGCUUCUCUCCCCAAAGUUCCUCGCACGGCGUUUUCGUCUUCGUUUCCCGCCCUCAAUAACGAGCUCAUCCUCUACGCAUACGCUCAAAUAUCGGGCUCACUCGUCAUCACCCCCCUUCCCGAUGCUUCGACUUCUCCCAACGAAGCGCGAAACCUGAACCGGCUGCGUUCCCGGUUACUCAAACGCAAAGCAGUUGGAGGCGGGAGCAUGGAUAUCAGUUCGUCACUGACUGCUCCAGGGUCUCCUGCCACAGGGCCCAGUCGCCGAUCGCAUGGACGUUCCACCUCGCUAUCCGGGACUCUGUUUUCGGUGCUUGCACCUGGCGCGGGGACGCCACCAAGCCAACAACCGUUCGUGCCGGGACACCGCGCAAGAAACCCCUCUAUGUUUUCCUUGUUCUCCAAUGUUCCACCACCUGCGCCCAGUCGUUCGGUUGGCUCGAGCCUGGCAGCCCCAAUGUCUGAAGACGAGGAGGUAGAUCCCGAUGUGCCUUUACCGACAUUGGAGGUGCAACAGUCCAUGCUUGCAGUAGAUCUCAAUCUCGGCCCCGGAGAAUCGCGGACGUAUACGUACUCUCUUGCACUGCCUAGUAACCUACCGCCGACUUUCCGAGGAAGGGCUCUCAAAUUCUCUUAUCAAUUCAUUCUCGGGAUCUGUCGCGCCGGCUCAAGUGCUCCCGGAACAAGUCCAUCUAGUAGUAGCAGGGUGAUGAAAGUGCCGAUCCGAGUGUACAAUCACGUUGCAGUCGGUCGACCUCCUUUGCCCUACAACCUGCUUUGGCCGGUGCAGUCGCAGCGUAGACCUAUGCUCCCGGGAAAGGUUACAGAAGGCAAGAAAGACAAACCGAAGGGAAAUGGCUUGCGCGCCAUCGUGGCCCCAUCGACGAGCAUUGGCACGUACGAUGACCUCAAGGAGUAUGCGCGGAACCUCCUCGCCUCUUUCCCGGAUCCCCAGGCAACUGGUGUUCGUAUCAAGCUUCCUAUCGAGGCCAUCCCGCCUUCUCGCAACGGCACUUUGGAUCGCGACCUGGACGUCGAUCCAAACAACGCAACCGGAUGCAGGCAGGCUGUGGAGGUGUUGACUCGUAAUCCGAAGAAAGCGUCCUAUGAUGUCAAUAAGGAUGGCGUACGAGUGGCUGUUCUUACUUUCCCAAAGAGUGCCUACCGACUCGGGGAAACCAUCCUUGGUGUAGUCGAGCUGAACGAGCGUCCAAGUCGCGCUCGCGUGCUCAAGCUGUCGGCCAUGUUGGAAGCGCACGAAUCUCUCCCAAGCAGCAUUGCCUCGCCAGCGUUGGCGCGACACAUGCGACGUGUCCACGCAGAACAUCACUCAUGCUUCAUGCCGGCAACAUUGCGGUCGACGUUCUCCCUGGACAUUCCACCUGAUGCGACGCCGGCCUUCGAAGCUUCCUUUGACGAGUCAUUUGGAGACGGGCUCGGCUCGCUCAACGUCAGGCCCAACAAGCCGAAGUCGGGAGGGCUGGAGUGGAAGGUCCGCUUAUGCGUACGGACGCGGCACCUUGUUCAAGACGGCACACGAGGGCAGUGGGGCUCUUCAUGGAAAGCUGCGCCCACUAUCGCGCCGCUGGAGCGCCCAGUCGUCGCGCCAUCAGCUGCCUCAUCUACGAUGCCCGCUGCGAACGGGGAACCGACGGGUGCUAUGUCGUGGGUCUCCUACUUGACGUCGUCUCUGCUCGGGCCAUCGAAUGCAGGCUACCACGACGGCGACGAGGAUCUCGACGACCCUGAGGGCGAGGUACCAGACGACAUGGGGUCGGAGGAAGCCUGGCGAGACCUGAAAGUGGAGAUGGUCGAAUGCGAGGUGCCGGUGAAGGUGUGGCCAGCAAACACGGCGUUCAAGGCGACCGAGGUCGUGUUCGACGUCUAG